AUGAAGAUCAGUCAUGUUUUAUCGUCUGUGUUACAAUAUUGUUACCUGUUGAUUUUAACUGUUUACCUGAUCGAAACCCAUCAAACCGAAGAUAUCAGUCAUAACAGAAACGGAGACAGUACUGAUAAAAAUGCCAGUGAUACGAGGAGUACGGCGACUAAGAGAGUUGCCGAAAGAUGUUUUUGUAAGUUAUCUGGUACAGUGGAUGACUGUGGCUGUAAAGUGGAAAGAGCAGAUUAUUUCAACAAUCUUAAGGUUCAGCCUUUGCUAAAUAACUUGCUCAACAAAGACUACUUUCGGUAUUUCAAAGUUAAUCUUAAAAAGACUUGUCCUUUUUGGCAUGAUGAUAGCCAGUGUUCACUGCGUGAUUGUGCUGUUGAUACAUGUAAUAUGGAUGAACUUCCAACAUGGUUUAAAGAAGAUAAAGAACAUGUAGGUAGUAAAGAAGAUAAGUAUUCUCAAAAGGCCAAUUCUGAACAUAGCUGUGAAGAGGAAAGAAAAUUAGGAGCUUUAGAUAAAACCAUUAGUGAUGAAAGUAAACAAGCAUUUAAGGACUGGUCAGACUUUGAUGAUGCUCAAACAACAUUUUGUGAAAUUGAUGAUGAAUUAUCUACUGAAAUGGAAUAUGUUGAUUUACUCUUGAACCCUGAACGCUACACAGGUUACAAAGGGCGUUCUCCACAUCGUAUUUGGAAUAGUAUAUAUGAAGAGAAUUGUUUUAAACCUCAAACAUCUUAUGGCUAUGUUUCAUCUACUCGAAGAACAGGUCUCUGUUUAGAAAAAAGAGCUUUCUACAGAAUGAUAUCUGGACUCCACACAAGCAUCAACAUACACCUCUCUGCUAAAUACUUAUUUCCAAGCACAUUAUACAAAGCUGGUGGAUGGGGAAUGAAUGUUGAAGAGUUCAAGCGAAGAUUUGACCCUGAAACAACAUCUGGUCAAGGACCACAAUGGCUGAAGAACCUCUACUUCACUUAUCUUGUAGAAUUACGUGCAAUUGCAAAAGCUGCUCCUUAUUUGGAAAAAGAAAGUUUCUACACUGGUAAUGAAACUCAGGACACAAUUGUCAGGAAAGAUAUGAAGACGUUGUUGGAUGUUGUUAAGUCAUUUAAUGAUCAUUUUGAUGAGAGUAAGUUAUUUCAAGGUGACCCAAUUGAAGCAAAAAAAUUAAAGGAAGAAUUCCGAAAUCAUUUCAGAAAUAUUUCUCGAAUCAUGGACUGUGUGGGUUGUGAUAAAUGUAAACUUUGGGGAAAAUUGCAAGUGCAAGGAAUGGGAACUGCCUUAAAAAUCCUGUUUUCAGGCAAUUCAAUUGGACCAGAUUCGGUUGUGAAUGCAAACCAGAAAAACUCCUUUCAGCUCCGAAGAACAGAGAUUGUGUCCUUAAUCAAUGCUUUCGGAAGAUUAUCAGAAAGCAUCAAAGAAUUAAACCUUUUCCGAAAUAUGAUGUCAUGA